AUGAUUUUUCUAAUAAUACUCCUCACCGCAUUUUCUAAUGUAAGCCCGGCCCCACUUCACCCGGUCGUGACACCCGCCGUCAUCGACUCCAUCUGCCCCAAAGCCUCGAACCGGUCCCUCUGCCGGGCCGUGCUGGGGCCCGCGAUCGGGCGCAGCAUCCUUUUCAACCUGACACUCGUCUUGUGCGGGCCCCCCAUUCGGAUGGCCCAAUCGAGCGCCACACGUGCGCGCGGCCUCGCGUGGAACCUCGAGAAAAACACAAACACGACUGAACGAACGCGGAGAAAGUACAGAAUGUGUUUCUCGAGUUAUAAAGGGGUGUUGGAUAAGCUCGGUAAGGCCGACUUGUACAUGCACGUACACGUGCAGACGAAGACGAAGAGCGUGAGGCAAGAGGUCGGUCUUGUUUCGGGCCACGUGGAGUCGUGUGAUAAGGAGCUCGUGGGCCUGCCUCGCGAUGGGUCGGGUCUUUUGGAAGCCAACGGUCGGAUCAAGGACCUCUGUAGUAUUGUCCUGGCUAUUUGUGACUUCCUAAAGGAUCGAAAAUGA